GGUUACAUUGUAUCAGUUCCCACACGAAGAACCAGCACGGCACUCAUCCAGAAACGGUGAAUACGGAGGAAUUAACCUGGAUGGGAAAAAUAUUCUCUGUGGGAUUAAUUGCCUGAAGGUCGCGGGAUAGGACUGGACUUGUGUCGUGCUUGAGGCGGCACCGAUAAAAAUGCCCUCCGGACUCGGGUUGUUUUCGAUGAGGACGGUAUCUCGAAGUGUGAUGGCAGAAGUCCAGUGAAUCGCUGGCCUCCCCUCCUCUCUUGUGUUGGAUGUCUUGAGGAGUGCGCUGCCACUGGUUUCUGGUGCUUAAGAUUUUUAUUUAUUGAGAGGCGUUAUUAUAAUACCCGCUCUGAUUUGUUCCCUUUAUGGAGUGCACACCACCAUGGACAAACCAGGGUUUGGAAUAGGAGUGGUUAGCUAAGUCGGAUAAAAUGUGGUUAAAUGGCACAGGAACGAGUAGACCGUGAGGAUUCUCUUACCCUUGCCCCUGAGCCCCAACCGUCUGAGAGGGUGUCGGACCUCACUGAGGCAAUCCUGGGCCGUUGGCACUAAAAUGUCCCUAAGUGGUGGCACUGCAGGCGGGAAAGGUGUGGACUCUAAUGCGGUGGACACUUACGAUAGCGGUGAUGAGUGGGAUAUCGGUGUUGGAAAUCUGAUUAUUGACCUUGACGCUGAUUUAGAGAAGGACAAACUUGAGAUGUCUGGCACCAAGGAAGGCAUGGCGGCACCACCAAGUGCAGUGGCAGCGUUGCCUGACAACAUCAGGUUUGUUAGUCCAGUGUCUGGCUCUCAAGGCAAGGAAAGCAAAUCCAAAUACAAGCGCAGUAAGAACUCUAAAGACAAUAGUAGCAAAGCUUCAGCUGGAGAUGGGGGCAAAAAAGAAACUACAGGACGGACUCAAGUGGAGCCAACAGGCACAGCGGCAGGCGCAGGAGCUGCUGGCAACAAUACCACCUCUGCAAAGAACAUGGAAAAAGGGGGCAAAGCCUCCAGAGGUGUUCUGAGUGGUAAAAAAGAGAAAGAAGGGGCUGGUGGGAAAAGUAAGAAGGACAAAGCAGAUGGAGCCCCAGUCGUGGCAAUAGCUGCUGCAGAGAAGGAUGUUGUGUCUCAAGCCCAAGCGGCUUUGGGGAAUAGUCGUAAUGCGUCUUUUGAGAACACACAAUCAACAGACUUGGCAGAAGCCAAUCAAAUGGGGAAUAUUGCACUUGAACCUGUAGGGAUAGUACCAGCAUUGACCGCAAAAACUGAACCAGAGGAGGUGGAAAAUGGUAACAGUGAAUGCAAGACAUUAAAGAAGGUGAAAAAUGAAAAGAUGGAAUCUCCUGUCUCCACGCCAGCUCCUCCCCCCCUCCACCUCCUGGCAACAGUAGGCAACAGUGAGAUAUCCUCGCCGUGUGAGCAGAUAAUGGUGCGCACACGCUCGGUGGCCGUGAACACAACCGAUGUGGCCCUGGCUACCGAGCCUGAGUGCUUGGGGCCCUGUGAGCCCGGUACUAGUGUCAAUCUCGAAGGCAUUGUGUGGCAGGAAACUGAAGAUGGCAUGCUGGUGGUCAAUGUUACCUGGAGGAAUAAGACGUAUGUUGGCACUCUGUUGGACUGUACACGGCACGACUGGGCUCCCCCCAGGUUUUGUGAAUCUCCUACAAGCGAUCUAGAGAUGAGGAACGGGCGUGGCCGGGGUAAGCGAAUGAGACCGAAUAGCAACACCCCUAUCAACGAGAACAGCAACUCAUCUGACAACAAGGGCACCACCAACAACAAGACCCGUGCUGCUUCUAACAGCAAGGGCCGCAGGGGCAGCCAGACGCCAUCAGAGCGCCGCACACCACCUAACAGCAACACAGAGGACAUCAAGGCCAGUCCUUCCUCAGCUGGUAAACGUAAGGCCAAACCAGCCUCGGACAUGGAACCCAAUUCCAGCUCAGAGGACACCAAAGGCAACAAACGUAUGCGGACAAACUCCAACAGCGGAGGGGUGGGUCCCACAGGACUCCCUAUUCCCUCUAUUAAGACUGAGCCACUUCCACCUCCCCUUGAUCGCAGCUGCCCCUCUCCAGUUCUAAUUGAUUGCCCACACCCUAACUGCAACAAGAAGUACAAGCACAUCAAUGGUCUGAAGUACCACCAAGCCCGUGCCCACAAUGAUGAUGACAUAAAGUUGGAAAUAGAUGGAGACAGUGAGUAUGGAGAAGACUCCACUCUCCACCCUGAACCAGGGAACUGUAAUGGAGCAUCCAUUUCGCAGAAAGGAUGCUUGUCUCCCGCACGUUCAGUAACUCCUAAAGGCAGGAACUUUGAGGCUCAAAGUCCUUCCCCAUCUCCGGGCAAGUUUGGUUCAAAGCAGAAUAAAAAGAAAAUGGCUGAGACAGAUCCAGAAACAGGGGGUAUUCCAACGGACGGCUGUGAAGAUGGGCCAUGUCUCACUGAUGAGGCCAGUAAUGAUGGUAUGGAUGAUAAGAAGUCUAAAAAAGCUGGCACAAAGGCUGAUAAAUUGUCUCAGAAAAACAUGAAGUCACCACGGCCUGUUGGCCCUGGCGCGACAGCAUCGCAGCAGAUGUACCCAUUUCCUCCUGGAAACCCUAAUUCUUCCCCGGUGCUUACCCCAAUGAUACAAGGGGUUCCUAAGAGUCCCCAAAUGAAGGGUACACAGCCUAAACCAGCUGUCAUUGGAGAUCCUGCCUCAAGUAGCUCCAAAGACAAGAAGAAGAAAGACAAAAAGAAAAAGGAUGGCGGGAAGGAGCCGGACAGCCCCAAGCCUCCUGGAAAGGGAGGUAAGCUAGAGGAAGGAAAGCUUCAAUACACUGAUGCUUCUGAUCUAGGAAUUAAGGGGGAAGGGCUGCUCAAUGGUUCCUCAGAUCUUCAUCAGAGUCGCUUGGCCAGUAUUAAGGCUGAGGCUGACAAAAUUUACAGUUUUUCUGACAAUGCCCCUAGCCCAUCAAUUGGUGUAGCCAGUCGGAUAGAUGGCAGUGGGAUGCCACAGCCUCUCACACCACUGCACCCUGGGAGCCAGAAUGGUGCCGACAACUCUUCCGUCAAAACUAAUAGCCCAGCCUAUUCAGACAUUUCAGAUGCUGGUGAGGAUGGUGAAGGGAAAUUAGAAGGUGUCAAAGUGAGGACAGAGGAACAAGCUGUCAGGGAAAGUGUCAAAAAAGCACUUUUCCCAAACCAGCCACCCAGCAAGGAGUCCCCAUACUAUCCCGGGUAUGAUGCGUACUACUCACCCAAUUAUGUAAACCCCAGUCCUGGUGGGCCCAAUCCAGGUCCACCUGCAGCUGAAGGUCAGAUCAAGAUCAAAAGGGAAGAGGACCUGGAUCAAUGUGAGGAAAAAGUCAAAGUUGAGGUUCUUGAAGACCGCAAAACGGACAGUGCGUCUGGCCAGCCUCAACAACAACAACAACAACAACAACAACAACAACAACAACAACAGCAGCAGCAGCAACAACACCAACAACACCAACAACAGCAACAACAGCAACAUCAGCAGCAGCAGCAGCAGCAGCAGCAUCAGCAGCAACAACAUCAGCAGCAGCAGCAGCAGCAACAACAGCAACAGCAACCCUCAGUCAUCCAACAGCGAUCUAACAUGUACAUGCAACCUCUUUACUACAACCAGUAUGCUUAUGUCCCCCCAUAUGCAUACCACCCUGAUCAAGCCUACCAUAACCACUUGCUGAACACCAACCCAGCAUACCGGCAACAGUACGAUGAGCGGCAGCGACAAAUGGCUGAACAGCAUCGUGCGGAGAAGAAGUCGGACAUAGCCAUAAAGGAACGGGAAGCCUCCAUGAAGGAGGAAUGGAAACAAAAGAGCCCGAUGCCGCCAAGCCUUUCCAAAGCCCCAAGUCAGUCAGACCUUGGAAAGACGUCGCAGCCCUCAAGCAAAUCGAGGGACUCGCCCUCUGACCCCUCCUCUAAACCCCUGGGAAGCAUAAAGACGGAGGACCCAAAGUCCCAGCAAGCUGAGGGGCUAAAGAUGAAGCUGUCUGAGGGAGGCCACCAUGGAAAGGAAGACUCCAAACCGACACUGGAGCACCGAGGUCAGGCAGGGAUGGAGCAGGCCAUGUGGUACAGACAGCAGUACCCCGAGAGCCAGAAACCCCAAUCAGAAGAGGAACACCAGCAACAGCAACCUCGAUGGAAAGAUGAAAGGGACAGAGAACGGGAGCGUGACCGCAAAUUAAAGGAUGAAAGACCCAGGCCUAAAGACAGUCAAAGUGGGCCCAAGGAGGAUGGCAAAGAGGGUAGUGAUCCUAGAAUCCCUUCUGAGGACCACCGGGCCAUGAACAAAGACUCUCGUUCUAAUCCUCAUAUGCAGUUUUCAUCAACACUAGCACCGCACCAGGGCUAUAUGCCCUACAUGCACGGUUACCCCUAUGGACAAGGCUAUGACCCCAACCACCCUGGAUACAGAGGCAUGCCCUCAGUCAUGAUGCAGAAUUACCCAGGUUCCUACCUUCCUGGAGGCUACCCGUUUUCUCCAUAUGGCAGUAAAAUGACCGGAGGCGAGGAAGGUGGCGACAAAUCUCGCGCUAGCCCAACAGUCACCAAAACGGCAGCGGACUCCAAAGCCCUGGAUAUCCUGCAUCAGCAUGCCAGCCAAUACAAGAGCAAAUCCCCCACAGUAGGGGACAAGCCACCUCAUGAGAGGGAGCGGGAGCAGGACCGAGGCACCGGGGGAGACAGAGAUCGGGACAGGGAGCGCGAGAGGGAAAGAGAAAGAGACGUAGACCGACCACGCUCCUCGCCCUCCCAGCGCAUCAUGCCCUCUCACCACCACCUGGGAUACCCCCUCCUCUCGGGGCAAUACGACCUAUCAUACGCCACAGGUCUCUCCUCAGCAGCUAUUGUUGCCAGCCAACAAGCAGCAACCCCCUCUCUCUACCCACCCCCACGGAGGUGAGAACGGGAAACCUGACCGUCACACCUCAACCCUGCAAAGAUUCAUGUGACUGGCUCACAGUAGAGAGUCUCUCGGUGUUCCCUAUUAGACAUCAGUUGAAUGGUGUUUCUAUCUAUAUCUUUUAGUUCUUCUGCCCUGAGGAUAUGCAGAUUGUCUUUUUUUUUUUUUAUGUCCUCCCUUCGUGAACAACCCCAAUUUUUUCCAAACCUUGGACUAAAACAGGACUGAUAAUAACCCAGGUUCAAAGCCAUCACUCUGCCUCAACACGCAGAGGAAACACCGACCCUGACCGCUGAUUAUCUAGUCUUUGCACUGUCAACAAAUACAAUGCAAAAAGAGACUAUUGGACUGCCAGACAGCUCUUCUUUUCUUUCUUUGACUGUAUCGUUUUUGGUCACAUGCAGAAAGAAACUGGCAGGGGAUUUAUGAUGAGUUAGGUGGCUGAUCGGAAAAGGGGAGUCAAACUAAAUUAAAAGACUGAAAAGAAAAAGUGAACCGUAUUGAAAUGAAUCACCUCUCUGUCUUUGGCUUAUUGUAUGCCGUGAAACAACAGUAUAUCCUUAACUUGACAAAUGUUCGGCUAUAUUUCGUGGGCGAGAGGGAAUAUGGCAACAGCUGCUUUCUUCAGAGACUUGAGAGCCUGAGAAGUUUUUUUUUUCAUCUUCCCAUCAUCAUUGUCGAUUCCCAUCCUCUUUGAAGCCUCAGUUCUUGUUUCAGGGAUGAUGUCGUCAUGUUUUUUGCGAAGGGACCGCACACACCUCAAUGGAGAAUAAACACUAUUCAUGUUUUCUUUUCUUGGUAAUGCUUCACUACUCCAUAUCAUUGUGUUCAUCCUUGAAUGUGUCUGAUGCUGGUAUGAGUCCUGUGUUUCCUUAAAAAGAUAGGGUUACAUCUGUCGUUAUGCUCAAACCGUGAAGCCACAUUAGCAAGUGAAGAAUUCUGGCCACUUGUUGGGGUUUAACCUGUAAGAUUGUGCUUCAUUUGGCUUGUCACGUUUUGAUUGUUCUAAAAAAGUAAAAAUGUGAGAUUUCACCCACUUCACACAUGUAUUUUUCUGCUGUAAUAUAGACUUAAAGCCUACUUUGAUGUGCAUUAAUGUUUAUAUUUAUCCCAGCACGCAACUGUUGUUCAAUAGUUUCCAGUCUUCACAGCACAUCAUGUGUUCAGAUCAUCGUUUCUGAGAUGUCUCAGCUUUGGUAGUCAUGCUGCCCUUUUAGGUUUUUGUUCACUUCGUUUUUCAACACAUCACAAGCUUGGUUCACACACUCAUCUCAACAUGCAGCAUACAGUCAGACUGGAUCCAGAUUCACUGUCCACAACUCAGAUAUUUUAAAGCGAAUCUAUAGCAACUCAAACCGACAGAUUUAGUGAAAACUUAAAUGGUACAUCAGUCUUAUUUUCAGGCAGUUGUUCACUGUCAAAAGGGCGCACAUAUUUCUUGGUGCUUCGCUUGCUCGUGUGGCUUCACUGUAACACUUCAGACAGUUAGCAUGGGUUACUUACUAGCGACUAGCUUUGUAUUAACUGGGCUGAUGAGUCUGAUACCUCAGACAAUAAGCUUUCUGCCUGUGCUGUUAGGUCAACAUACUGGCACAUUAAACACACAUGCAUGAAAUGACUCCAACAAACCCUGUUGCUGUUACAUGAACCAAUCCAAUGCAGCCAACCAACUGUUAAAAAGCUUGGAACAAAAACAAGCAUGGUAAAUACGAGUGAAAUAGGGACCUUGAUCACGCACAUAGGAGUGAAGAAGGAAGGCUCAAAGUUCAGCUGAGAGGAAGCACGUUGCUCUCGGCUUCCCUUCGGAUCUGUAGCUGGUGGUUCCCCUCUGUAAAUUCACUUGACAUCUGCAGAAAGAGCAAUAGUCAAAAAGCCUGUUUUACCAGAGGACCCUCUUGGCUUUAAAUUACAGUUCUCUUGUACCUCAGGGGUUGUAAGUGAAAUUCAAUCCAGAUGCUAUUUGCAUUGAUUUGAGAGGGCUUUUGUUUAUGAGUGUGGAGGAAAAAGCACAUUUUUCAUUUUGAGCUGGAUGUGCUGCUGUAGUGGUUUCAUUCAUAAAUGGCAAAUUGGCUCAGGAUAGGGACUUGUUAGAGGUUUUAUGCCACGCCAUGCUGUUGCGGGUCGUCAACAGUCUGUACGUUCCUCUGACGCUUUAUGAGUGUAAUAUUGACCGUGUUGUCAUUAAAUAUAAUUUUAUUGAUUUUGGUUUCUACACUUUAAGGUUCCCUUUGUUGUGUUUUUUUUUUUUUCUUUGAACACUGUAUGUGAUCAAGUCCACAAGCCGCCAGUUAUUCCCACGUCUACCACCCUCUGGAGUUGGAUGAUUGUCGAGAUCUUUCUGAUGAUUAUGAAACUGCAGCAAUUCAUUUUGAGGUUCACAGACAUUCCCAUUAAAUAAGUUGCCAGUUUCUCAUCCCAAGGAAAUUUGGGAUGAGAAACAGUUUUUUUUACUUUUUGAGCAUUUCAAAGAAGAAUGGCUGAAUGUGGUGGUGUUUGACUUGUACUUAAUCUGUAAGGGUAAUCUAGGCAGCUUUGAUGUUGUCAAUAAAGUCUGUGGGUUUUAGUACCAGCAGACUGCAUACAGUACAUAUAGUUUUAUCAGACAAUGGUUGUGACAAGUGCAUUUGUUCUCUCUCUGAGAGUAGUAAUGUUAUCUCAGUAGUAAGCAAAGCCCAGUGAAAUCAUAUAUACUGAAGUGUAUGAAAAGCCAGAAAAGUAAUGUUUGCUAUCAACAUAUUGGAAAGUGCUUGGCUCUUGUAUUUUGCAGGACUGUAUUUGUUUCAUGGUGAAGAGUAUAUUUAUUGGCCAGCAGUUGUCUCAAUUGGUGCCUAGUUGAACAUUCUUCUGUGAAAACACAGAGACACUUGCUCUUUUGUCCUUUUUCCGACCCACCUACUGUCACACAACCCUCCCCCAGAGUGCCGGUUCUGGUGCUUGCAAGGAUGUUUACAAUGUCUUCAUUUUCUUUCUGUGAGAAAUUCAGAACUCUUCACCCUCACCUCCUUUCUCCCUCCCUUCAGGAGUUUGUGUAAAGUGUACAUUACCAUGGUUCUUUUUUAUACAAUACUCUGUAACUUGCCUUUGUAAAUUUGGGCUGGAAAAAAAUAAAUCUUUUUAUGAGACGA